ACAAUGGCCGAUGUGGACGAUUUAUUCAAUUGUUUCAAUGAGCAGGAUGAUUCAAAUGCUAUAGAACCACCAAUUCCAGUCGUUGAGGGAAAUGACGGCGAAAACGAAUCGACACCAAAGACAACGGAGAAGCGCCCACUUGUUACCUCCGAAGAUGCUGAUAAUGAUGAAGGCAAUAAACGUGCUAAAAUGACCGAGUCUAUAUUGGAUGACAUUUGUGUCGACGCUUUACAAUCUCGAAUUGCAGUACAUGUGAUUAAAUCACCGGAAUCUUGCACACAUGAAGUUGCAGUAUAUCCCGGACAGGACUACAUACCCUUGCAGCCGUUUACUGGUACCCCAGCUAAGGAGUAUCCCUUCGUCCUGGAUCCUUUUCAAAAGGAAGCAAUUCUGUGUAUUGAUAACCAACAAAGUGUAUUGGUUUCGGCUCACACAUCAGCCGGUAAAACUGUGGUAGCUGAAUACGCUAUCGCUAAGUCCCUUAAUUGCAAACAACGUGUCAUCUAUACCACACCUAUUAAGGCAUUGUCCAAUCAAAAGUACAGAGAAUUUAGUGAAGAAUUUAAAGAUGUGGGUCUGGUUACGGGUGAUGUUACAAUUAACCCCUCAGCUUCUUGCCUUAUUAUGACUACAGAGAUUUUGCGUAACAUGUUAUAUCGUGGUAGUGAAAUUAUGCGUGAAGUCGGUUGGGUUGUUUUCGAUGAAAUCCAUUACAUGCGUGACAAAGAACGUGGUGUUGUGUGGGAAGAAACCUUGAUCCUGUUGCCCGAUAACGUUCGUUAUGUGUUCCUUUCUGCCACAAUUCCUAAUGCCCGACAAUUUGCUGAGUGGGUUUGUCAUUUGCAUAAGCAACCGUGUCACGUCGUCUACACUGAUUAUCGUCCUACGCCCUUGCAGCACUACAUAUUUCCGGCUGGUGGCGAUGGUAUACAUUUAAUUGUUGAUGAAAAAGGUCAAUUUAAGGAAGAUAAUUUUAAAACUGCUAUGGCUGUCUUACAAAAUGCUGGUGAAGCCGCUAAAGGUGAUCAAAAAGGUCGUAAAGGUGGCAUUAAAGGUGUCAACUCUGGCCAAUCGAAUAUCUUCAAAAUUGUAAAAAUGAUAAUGGAACGGAAUUUUGCCCCCGUAAUCAUUUUCUCAUUCAGUAAAAAAGACUGUGAGGUGUAUGCCAUGCAAAUGGCGAAAUUAGAUUUCAAUACUGCCGAGGAAAAGAAAUUGGUCGACGAAGUCUUCAACAAUGCUUUGGAUGUACUAUCGGAAGAAGAUCGUCAAUUACCCCAAGUUGAGAAUGUUUUACCACUACUUCGUCGAGGUAUUGGCAUACAUCAUGGUGGUCUAUUGCCAAUUCUUAAGGAAAUUAUUGAAAUCUUGUUCGGUGAAGGUCUACUUAAAGCAUUAUUUGCUACUGAAACGUUUGCUAUGGGUCUAAACAUGCCGGCCAGAACGGUUCUUUUCACAGCACCUAGAAAAUUUGAUGGCAAAGAUUUUCGUUGGAUUUCCUCGGGUGAAUAUAUUCAAAUGGCAGGCCGUGCCGGUCGUCGUGGUUUGGAUGACAAAGGUAUUGUUAUAUUAAUGAUUGAUGAAAAGGUGUCACCAGCAGUCGGAAGAGGUAUCGUUCAAGGAAAAGCGGAUCCCAUCAAUUCUGCUUUCCACUUAACCUAUAAUAUGGUUUUAAAUCUGCUGAGAGUGGAUGAAAUCAAUCCCGAAUAUAUGUUGGAACGAUCAUUCUUUCAGUUCCAAAACCAGUCCUCCAUUCCAGACUUAUAUAAAGAGGUACAAGAAAAACAAAAGGAACUGGAGAAGUUUAAAAUAAAUGAAGAACAUAGUGUAGCUUCGUAUCAUCACAUUCGUGACCAACUUGAUUCAUUGGGUAAACAAUUUCGAACUUGGAUUACAAAACCAGAAUAUCUAGUACCAUAUCUUCAACCCGGACGUCUGGUAAAAGUCAAAAACGAUACAGAGGAAUAUGACUGGGGUAUAGUGGUUAAUUUUAAGAAGCAGACAAGUAAAACUAAAAAUCCUUUACAAGCUGAAACAUCUGUAAUUGUCGAUGUCCUGUUACAUGUAUCGGAAGAGUCGUCCAAAAACGAUGAUCCAAAGCCUUGCAAGCCCGGUCAAAAAGGAAACAUGGAGGUUGUUCCAGUUGUACAUAAACUUAUAUCACAAAUAUCAUCACUGAGAGUGUAUUAUCCUAAUGAUUUAAGACCGGCCGAUAACCGCAGAUCAGUCCUAAAAACAAUAAAAGAAGUGAAGAACCGUUUCCCAAAGGGACUUCCACUGCUAAAUCCAAUUACUGAAAUGAACAUUAAGGAUCCAGAAUUUAAGAAUAUUGUGGACUCCAUAGCUAAAUUCGAAGAGAGAUUAUUUGCCCAUCCCCUACAUAAUUCACCUGAAUUGGAUCGCAUCUAUGCUCUGUACACCCAAAAAUUAAAAGUUAUGGAAGAAUUGAAGACAGCCAAAGCUAAGCUAAAAGAGGCAAGAAGCCUUCUUCAAAUGGACGAACUAAAGCAUCGUAAACGUAUUCUUCGACGAAUGGAAUACUGUACUGCCCAAGAUGUUAUUGAAUUCAAGGGUCGUGUGGCUUGUGAACUUAGUUCUGCCGAUGAACUACUAAUGACUGAAAUGAUUUUCAAUGGUGUGUUCAAUGACUUGACAACAGCACAAGCUGUAUCCCUACUCUCAUGUUUUGUGUGUGAUGAAAAGUCCUCCGAAAAUCCAACCUCAGCCGAAGAAUUAUCUGGACCCUUGCGUUCAAUGCAAGAAUUGGCCCGCCGUAUAGCUAAAAUUUCAAAUGAAUGUAAAUUGGAAUUGGACGAAGAAUCGUACGUGGAUAAAUUCAAGCCCUUCCUUAUGGAUGUUGUGCUUGCCUGGUGUAAGGGUACAUCGUUUUUGAAUGUUUGCAAAAUGACAGAUAUUUUUGAGGGAUCAAUUAUUCGUUGUAUGCGUCGUUUGGAAGAGCUUUUGCGUCAAAUGUGUCAGGCUGCUAAGACGAUAGGCAAUACAGAUUUGGAGAACAAAUUUGCCGAAGGUAUACGUUUACUGAAACGAGAUAUUGUUUUUGCUGCCUCAUUAUAUUUAUAAGUA